AUGCUUGCACAACAUGUUGCUGAUCGUCUUGUCCGAAUUAGAGAUUGUAUAAUUUUGGAUGCAUUUGCUGGUUCUGGAGGAAAUUCUAUUCAAUUUGCUUUGAAGGGUGCUUUUGUUUAUGCAAUUGAUAUUGAUCCAGUGAAAUUGCGUUGUUCAGCAAGAAAUGCACAAAUUUAUGGUGCCCGCGAUAGAAUAAACUUUAUUUGUGGAAAUUUUUUCCAUAUUUGCAAAUCCUUAAUUGGAGCAAGGAAAUAUAAGGAGGAAAAUAAAAUUGUUAAAAGUUCAUAUCCUUACACAACUGAUCUUUAUCCAUUUGCGAUAGAUUCUGUUUAUUUAAGCCCACCUUGGGGUGGACCUUCUUAUGCAAAAUCAGGAAAAGAAGAAUUUGAUUUACAAAAGGACAUUAUUUUAGAUGGUGUUAAAAUAUUUAAUUAUGCAAAAAAGAUCUCACAAAAUGUUGUUUAUUUUUUACCUAAAAAUACUUCUAUUAUUGCAUUGGCAGCAUCUGAUGGAGAAGUCGAAUUAGAGCAAAGUUUGUUGGGAGAAAAAGUAAAAGCAUUGCACGCUUAUUAUGGAAAAUUGGUUGCUCAUGAUUGA